UUCUAAUCUCCCCACUUCUUAAACCCUGUUCCUCUGCUUCUUGGUGUCCCAAACCUCUUCUUCUGUUUAUUUUUUCUUUCUCAAUUUCAAGUGGGGCUAUCUUAAUUUGUUAAAGUUUAACUUUUUAAACUCUGGUUUUACCUUAAUUUUAUUAUUGUCUGAAGAACAGAGGGUGGAGUUUGAUACCCUUUUGGGGAGUGAGUGUUUUCUGAGGGAAAGAUAAAGACUUUUGGUGUGGGGGAGGGGAAACUUGAAUUGGGGUAGACAGGAUGAAGAUUCAGUGCAACGUUUGUGAGGCUGCGGAGGCCAAGGUUCUGUGUUGUGCUGAUGAGGCUGCUCUGUGUUGGGAGUGUGAUGAAAAGGUUCACGCGGCUAACAAGCUUGCCAGCAAGCACCAGAGAGUUCCUCUUUCUACCUCUUCCUCUCAUAUGCCCAAAUGUGACAUUUGCCAGGAAGCAUUAGGCUAUUUUUUCUGUCUAGAGGAUCGGGCACUGUUCUGCAGAAAAUGUGAUUUGGCAAUACAUACAGCAAAUGCUUAUGUCUCUGGUCAUCAGAGGUUUCUUCUCACCGGUGUAAGAGUAGGCCUUGAAGCUACAGAGCCUGGUGCAUCCUCAUCGUCUUUGAAGGCAGAUUCUGGGGAGAAAAUUUCUGAUACAAAGUCGUCUUCUAUCUCUAGAAAGGUUUCCACAGAACCUCAGAACUCAGAUUACAAUGAAUUGUUACCUAUCGAAGGUGGAGGAGUUGGGGGGUUUCCACCAGCUAAGGAGUCUUUUGGUGGUGGUUCUACCGUUGGAAAUAUCUCACAGUGGACAAUAGAUGAAUUUAUUGGCCUAAACGAGUUCAGUCAGAAUUAUGAUUACAUGGAAGGAUCAACAAGGGCUGACAGUGGUAAGUUAGGGGAUUCUGAUUCUCCGGAGGAAAUGAAGGAGGAGGAGGACUAUUUGGAACAUGUUCCAGAUUCUUCAUGGACAGUUCCACAGAUCCCUUCACCACCAACAGCUUCUGGGUUACACUGGCCAAAACACCUUCAGUAUUCAUCUGAUAGUCUUCUGUUUGUUCCAGACAUAAGCAUUUCUCACAUGCAACACUCUCAUCAGAUCAGUAGUACUUUUUCUAGACGCCGGAGGCACCUUGAAUAAUUGUUUACUCUUUGCCAAUAACUUAGAGACAUUGAUUCCAUUGUUUUCUGGUAUGAUUCUAAGUUCUCACACGUUGCACUGAAGCUUCAUUUCAUCAGCUACGUACAUGUUUCUAUUCUUGGCUGUCUCAGUUUCUUCUAGGGACUAGGGAGUAAUCUCUAACUCCCUGCAUGUCAUUGGAAGGCUUUCUACUAUUGAGUUUGCUAUUUGUAACAUUCUCAUUUCAGCUCCAGUCUUAUACAGAUGCACUAUUGGAUUAUUAGAGAGAUCUGAUUCAAUAUUGGUUUGUUGUGACA